GAGCACUGGGCUAAAAUGGACCUCAAUCUCCUAGGCAUUGUAACCAGAUUCCCUGUGCUGCUAAAAUUGAAGAAGCUGGAGCAGGGAGAGGAAUGGCGAGGCAAGGUCACCUAUGAUGGCAUCGAAGUGGAGCUCUCUGAUCCCUCAGAGGUGGAAGAUGCCAUCAACAAAGGUCAGAACUUCAUUGCUGGGUUAAAGUUGGAGAUCAGUGAUAAGCUCAUUAGCCUAUAUGUCAGCUCCCCGAAUGUCCCAGACCUGACCUUGAUUGAUCUGCCUGGAAUCAGCAGGGGGGAUGUGAGCAAUCAAUCUGCAGACAUUGGACAGCAGAUCAAGAGACUCAUCAAGACAUACAUCCAAAAACAGGAGACCAUCAACCUGGUGGUGGUCCCCAGUAAUGUGGACAUCGCCACCACGGAGGCAUUGAGCAUGGCUCAGGAGGUGGACCCUGAAGGGGACAGGACCAUAGGGAUCUUGACCAAGCCCGAUCUUGUGGACAGAGGAACUGAAGACAAGGUCGUUGAUGUGGUGCGGAACCUGGUGUACCACCUGAAGAAGGGCUACAUGAUAGUCAAGUGCAGGGAUCAGCAGGACAUCCAGGAACAGAUGACACUGACUGAGGCCCUUGAGAAGGAGCAAGCCUUCUUCAAGGAGCACCCUCACUUCAGCGUUCUUCUGGAGGAUGGGAAGGCCACAGUGCCCCUUCUGGCAGAGAGACUGACCACGGAACUCAUCUCACACAUCUGUAAAUCUCUGCCUUUGUUAGAAAAUCAAAUAAAGAAGUGUUACCAGACUGCAAGUGAGGAGCUGCAGAAGUAUGGUGCAGACAUACCAGAGGAUGACAAUGAGAAAACUUUCUUCCUGAUUGAAAAAAUCAACACGUUUAACCAGGACAUCACUGCCAUAGUACAAGGGGAGGAAAAUGUGGAGGAGGGAGAAUGUUGCCUGUUCACCAGGAUCCUAGAUGAGUUCUUAUUGUGGAGUAAGGAGAUAGAAAAUAUUUCCCAAAACAGUUAUGAUGUUUUUGCUAAAGAAGUCCAGAAAUUUGAAAAACAAUAUCGAGGACGAGACAUGCCAGGGUUUGUGAACUACAAAAAAUGUGAGAACAUCAUAAGAAGUCAAAUCAAAGUCCUGGAAAAGCCAGCUGUAGACUUGCUGCACAGGGUCACAGAAAUAGUACAAGUCGCCUUUUCCAGUGUUUCUGAAAAAAAUUUUGCUGAGUUUUUUAACCUCCACAGAACUACCAAGUCCAAACUUCAAGACAUCAGAUUAGAACAAGAAAAGGAAGCUGAGAAGAUGAUCCGACUUCACUUUCAGAUGGAGCAGAUUAUCUACUGCCAGGACCAAGUUUACAAUGGAGCCUUGCAGAAGGUCAGAGAGAAGGAAGCUGAGGAGGAAACGAAUGAGACAAAGUCGAGUGCCUUUACUUCCUCUCAGUCUCAAGCUUCACAGAACUCAUCCAUGCCUGAGAUCUUUCAGCAUCUGGACGCCUACCGCCAGGAAGCUUACAACCGCAUCUGCAGCCACAUUCCUUUUAUCAUCCAGUAUUUCAUCCUGAAAAUGUUUGCUGAGCAGCUGCAGAAGGGCAUGCUCCAGCUCCUGCAGGACAAGGACUCCUGCGGCUGGCUCCUGAAGGAACGCAAUGACACCAGCGAGAAGAGGAAGUUCCUGAAGGAGAGGCUGUCAAGGCUGGCCCAGGCUCGCCGGCAGCUAGCCAAAUUCCCUGGUUAAGCUGUCCCCGCCCUUCCUUGUGUCUCCUGGACAGUGCGUCAGGGACAGCAGGGCUCCUGCCUUUCCUGGUAGCUAGCUACACUACCACUCUUUGGACUCUGACUUGGUAUUGGGUAGAGGAUGCCACUUUUCUGAUAUGACAAUCGCUUCAUGCUCAGAUCCUUUCCCACCUUGGCCUCCACCUUCUUAGCAACCUGUUUCAGUGAAUCCUGCCAGGUACAACUCUUGAUGAAUAAAGGGUCCAUGAUCUUGGGAGCUGCUUAUUGCAUUCCUAAUAAACCACUCUUGACACUU